AUGACCCCGACACCUAUCAUGGGAUGCACCGUAAGGCAUCAAGGAAGACCCAUCCUUUGGCUUUUCCUCCUGCUCAUCACUCAGUCGCUCAAAAGCGUCGAUGCGAUUGUGGAUGGCUCGUCUCGAUUUGGAAGGCAAUUGCGAGCAAAUGGUGGUGGGAAUGGCGCCAGCAGUGACAAGAAUCUUCCAACAAAACUGUACAUCAUCCGCUUUCGCGCGCUCCCCCCUGUAGUCGCGUACACGGGCUCCCUCCUGGGCUUCCCCUCCACGGCUCCGCGCAACGGCUACUCCGCCGCAACAGCCGCUACCCCGGAUGAUCUUGCAGACGAUAUUACAGCGAGAUCAACCGGCUUGACAGGCGCGGCGGUCAGCCCUGACGUGCGUGACGAUGGCGAGGCUCCAGCAGGGCGGCUGGACUCGGGGGAAGAGCACGUGAGAGCGUACGCGCAGCAUCUGGACCGCAUGCACGACACGGUGCUCGCAGAGGCCGGCGUGCAGCCCCUCACGCACAAGCUCUACAGCUUCAGAUACGUCACGAAUGGCGUCGCCGUGCGGCUAACCCUGCGGCAAGCGGCGUUACUGAAGCGGCACCCAGCAGUGGGCUCGCUCAUGGAGUCGAAGAUCCUUCAUGCGCGUACCACGUUCACUCCAUCGUUUCUUGGGUUGAGGGACGGGGUAUGGGAUCGUCGGCCCAUCCCUGCAUCCACACCUGGGGCACUGCAAUGGCUCGCGGCGAGAGGUGCCAGGGGGGCAGGCGGCGAUGGGGGCACUCGGGCGAGAGCAGUGCGCGAAGCACAAGGAGCAGCGCCGGCAGCGCGCACCGCGAGCGCGGAACCAUCGCGAGAAACGGGCGGUGCUGAUCGGCGGGUGGGACUGGAAACAGUGGACGGGGUGAUGGGCGCGGACGUGGGGCAGCGGCUGAACGGCAGCACAUCCCGCGGAGAUACGUCUAGCGGUACGGGAAGUGCCGAUAAGGAUGCGCGAUCGUAUGGGGUACGGGCUGGCAGGAAGCGGGGUGGAAAGCGAGUAGACACUGGCCUGCGCGGGGAGAAUGUUAUCAUAGGCGUUAUCGACACGGGCGUGUGGCCGGAAAAUCCCGCCUUCACCGGGAAGGUUCUUCCGCAUUACGGCCGCAUUCCACGGCGGUGGCGUGGGUCGUGCACGGUCACCAAGGACUGGCCGAGCGGCGCGUGCAGCCGCAAGCUGAUCGGCGCGAAGGCGUUCUUCAAGAGCAUGCAGGACGACGUGGACUGGAGCGUCGAGUACCCGUCGGCGCGCGACGUGCACGGCCACGGCACGCACACGGCCAGCACGGCCGCCGGCAACGACGGCCGCACGGCGGUGCUGCGUGGCGUGCGGUUCGGAUCAGAGAGCGGCAUGGCGCCUAGAGCGAGGGUCGCCGUCUACAAGGUGCGAUGCUGCGAGAUGACGGGUGGGUGGUUGUGGAGGGAUGAGGCCAGAGAGGGAAGGUUGCGUGGCAGUGAGGAAAGUGCGGUGCUCGUACAUGGCGUACAAUGCUUCUGCACGUUCGGCGUUACUCAGCGCCCGUUGUCCUCUUCCCCCCAUCAGACGCUAUGGACGUUGAAGGACGGCGGUGCGGUGAGCGCGGAGGCGGACAUCGUGGCGGCGAUCGAGGCGGCGGUGGCGGACGGCGUGGACGUGCUGACCAUGUCGCUGGGCGGCCAGGCGUCGCUCUUCGACGUCGACCAGCUCGCCUUCCUGCACGCCGCGCAGGUGAUUCCUGCCACACCCCCACCAACGCGCAUGUGCCGCGUCUGUGCCGGUGUGUUCGUGUCGGUGCCGGCGGGCAACAGCGGGGCGGCCAUCGAGAAGCAGUACUUCACGUGCACGCUGGACCACCCCGCGCCCUGGUACACCACCGUCGCUGCCAGCUCGCACGGGCGCAACUACAGCACGGCCGUCACCAUCGGCGGCACCACGUUCGUGGGGCGAUCACUGGUGGGCGGCAAGGGCACGGCGCUGAGAGCGGGCAUCAUACUCGGGUCGGACGCCAACAGGCCGGGCGCCAACAGAAAUGCGGCCAACUUUUGCGAGCGGGGCUCGCUGGACCCCGGCAAGGUGCGCGGCAAGAUCGUGGUGUGCACGCGCCCCAGCACGCAGGGCUCGCACUCCGCGCGCACCUUCAACAUCAGCCGCGCUGCCAAGGCGGCGGGCGCCGUGGGCGUGGUGAUCGCGAACCAGGACCCGGGCGACAGCACGGCCGCCAUGCUGCACGACCUGCCCGCCUCGCACGUGGACGCGGACGCGCGCGCCAAGCUCAUCUCGCUCGUCAAGGCCACGGCAAGCCCCAUGGCGUCACUGUCGCCGCUGUUCAUAGCGCACUCGCCGUCGCCCACCAUGGCGUGGUUCUCGUCCACGGGCCCCAGCACGGACCCCUACCAGACGUUUGACGCCGCCGCCAUGGGCAGCAACCUCAACGACGUGGUGAAGCCCGACCUCACGGCGCCGGGCGUGGAGAUCUGGGCGGGGUGGACGCAGUCGCCCUUCCAGGUCACCGACAUGGGCGUCACAGACGCUACGAGUGUGAGGCCGGGUGCAGUGACAGCGCAGAUGGUGAGUGGCACGUCCAUGUCCACCCCACAUGUGGCGGGCAUCGCAGCGCUCAUGAAGCAGCACCACCCCGAGUGGAGUCCGUUCGCCAUCAAGUCAGCGCUGCAGACCACAGCGUACGCGGUCAACAGCGCCAGCGCGCCCAUCGCCAAUGAGGACGGCAGGGUGGCCAACGGCCAUGCCAUGGGGUCCGGACACGUCUUCCCUGCUCGUGCCUUGGAUCCAGGGCUGGUGUACGACAGCAACAUGGUGCAGAUGGUGCAGUUCCUCAUCGCCGUGGACCCCUGGGAAACCAAGCAGACCAGUGCCUACUCCUCCCUGCCUGCACGCCUGCGCACGGCCAUUCCUUCGUACAACGUCAACCUCCCAAACAUUGCUGUGAGCAGGCUGCAGAAGAAAGCGGUGGUCACGCGUGUUGUCAAGAAUGUGGGCUCAGUGGCAUCAACUUACAAGGCAACAGUGGUGCGCCCGAAAGGAGUACGGGUCAUUGUAAGCCCUGCAAUGUUUACCAUAGCCCCUGGUCAAUACAGCAAGUAUACUGUCACGUUUUUGGUGCGGAAGCCAAGCAAUCACUUCAAGUUCGGGAGCCUUGUAUGGACGGAUGGAGUACACACUGUCCGUUCAGUCUUGGCUGUUCAACCUCUUUCCCGCUGA